AUGCCUCGUAACAGUGGGCGGUCUGCAAGGGCAAAGCGUCAGCGCGCCGCUGGGGGUGGACAAUUUGGCAAAGACCAUAUCCCGGACAGUCCAUCCGAGCUCAAGAACGAUCCCGACUUUGUUCCCAACUCGGAAGAUGAUGAAAGUGAUAACGAUGAGAUUACGGAAGGGAUGACAGAGAGCGUAAAUCCGAGGAUUGGAGACAGUGUGGAUGAAGGGAAUGGCUCGGUAUUGGGAGAAGAGCAAACCAGAGUUGAGAAGAAAGAGACACACAGCUUCUUUAAGCUGAAUUUCAGAAAAUCGAACCAAACUGAACAGUCGGCAUCGAAAAAGAAGGGAAAGGAGAAGAAGGCACCUCUGGGUGCUAUGCCUAGCUACAGUGGUACUGGGAAAACGACUUUAUGGAAGAAUAAGAAGAAAUAUAUGCAAGCAGCCAUCGGAACGAGUGCGAUUUCAGGAUUCUUCUCGCGUGCUAAACAGUUGGCCUCCGAAUUUAAAGCGCCCACGCCAGAUUUGGCUAGUGGCAGUGGAUCUGCUUUGGCGCCCAUCGAUGUCGACACCGAUUCUGAUCCAGAAAUCAUUUCGGUCGAUGCAGCGCCAAGCACGAGCUCAAUCGAGCCGGACACGAGCCAUCCAGGCCCCGAAACGGUCGUUACGGCGCCUAUGUCUGUGCCAGACUGUCAGUCCCAGGCUGUCAUCGAAGAAUUGCCUGCACCCAGCGCCGAGCCUGCGCCUCUUCCAGUCGAAGAACCGUCUUCAGCCGAGACUAUUGCAGUCCGGGAGUUGCUCGACAUAUCGAUGGAGUGGGAGCCAGCCCCAGCGCGACCGCCCUUGAGGGUAAUCUUGAUGAAGCUGAUUGCGGCUGCGAAAAAACACGGCGCUUAUUCCUCGCUUAUCAAGCUCAACAGUGUCAAAGAUUAUCUCAGCCUCGUUUACACCUACGAAAUGAACCCGCGCAUUAAGAAUCCUCGCACGAAAGCGAGUCUGGCAAUUGCAGCGAGGAUUGGGAAGGGGCCGGCCUUUGCACGUAAAAUCCGCGAACUUGCCAUUUACAUCGAUCGGUUCCACACCCUCCCACCACGUAACCGAGGCAAGCACCAUGCCCACCCAUCACUGUUGAACGAUGAACAAGUUUUUCAUGCGGUACGAAGAUAUUUGAGCGUUACGGCUGCAGGAGAGAUUACCCCACGCGAACUUGCCAACCAAGUAAACCAUGUCAUUAUCCCUGGCAUUGGUUUCGACCUUGAUGGAAAGACCAUUUCGGAACGUGGAGCUAUCCGUUGGUUGAUUAAGUUGGGUUACACCCUCUCAAACGUCAAGAAAGGCGUCUAUAUUGAUGGCCACGAGCACCCAGAUGUGGUCAAGUCACGGAAAACCUUGCUUGACAGGCUUGCUGAAGAUGAACAUUUACGAUACACUUUUGACGACAAGACCCUUGAACCCAUACCACCAAAGCUCGGCCCUGGCGAGAAAUGUCACAUCCCUGUUUUUCAGGAUGAAAGUAUUUUUCGCACCAACGAUCUCCGUCAACGGGUUUGGGUAAAGACCAAGGGGCUCAAUGGCAACGCGCCAGCCCUGCCGCUCCGUAAAAAGGGUGCUGGGCGUUCCCAAAUGCUCAACGUCACUUACCUGAAGGCCAACGCAUCCCCGAACAAGCACGGAAGAUUAUUUACCCAGGGAAGAAUGCAGAUGGAUGGUGGGAUGCGAAACAGUUUGAUUAAACAGGUUGAAACGAAGGCCAUCCCGAUCUUCGAGGCACUUUUCCCAAAUGCCGUGGGCGAGUUCUUCUUUGAUCAGUCAACAGCCCAUGCCGCCCUUGCUCCAGAUGCACUCCGCGCUCACGAUAUGAAUGUCAAACCAGGGGGAAAGCAACCGAAAAUGCACGACACCAUUAUUCCCCACAGUAAUCCCAAUCCGGCACUCCGCGGUAUCGUACAGUCAAUGGUAUUUGACGAAGAUUUACCCCCAUCACAUCCAGACUAUGAACAUUGCGGGAAACCAAAGGGAAUGCGGCGGGUUUUGGAAGAGCGAGGGCUUUGGGACAUUUUGACAGAGAAAAACGGUGGUAAGGAGAUUCCCGGUACUUGCCAGACUUGCAAACUCUCGCAGAAAGAGCGCGAGAAGCGCGAAAAGGAAGCUGCAGAGGUUAUGGCAGGUCUGGACGAGCCCGAGGAAGCCGAUUCUGAUGACAUCGAGCUCGGUUCUGGUGCUGAACUGACAGGGGCAACAUGCUGCAUGCGGAAAGUCCUGUCGGAACAGGAGGACUUUCUCAAUGAAAAGCCGUUGCUCCAGGUCAUCAUCGAGAGAGCCGGUCACAAGUGUUAUUUCCUUCCCAAGUUCCACUGUGAACUGAAUCCGAUCGAGAUGCAGUGGGGUUGGGUUAAAGGCCGUUAUCGUGCACUGGCAGAUGGCAGCUGGCAACGCGCUAAAGAGCUCGUUCCCGCGCUCUUGGAUUCUAUCGAAAUUAAGACCAUUCGGGCGUUCUUCCGCAAGACCUGGAGGUACAUGGAUGCUUACCGACAAGGACUUAAUGCUGCUCAAGCCGAGUACGCUGUUAAGAAAUACAAAUCCCAUCGUAAGAUUGGGAAAAAGAUCUAUAAGAACGUCAAUAUGCUGCUCAAUUAA